AUGGCCAACACGUUUGAGAUUCACCCGUACACGAUCACAUUCAGGUCGACAUAUCCCAAAGACAUGCCCGAUGAGGCUGAAUCGGCUGCCAUAUGCGAAGCCAUUGCAGAUGGCACCUUUCCACAAUCCGAACAACUGCUGACCUCCGAAUUGUCCGCCGAAACCAUCCCCUUACUGCUCGAACGUAUCUCCAAGACUCGAAGCGAGAUCAGUGAGGAGAUCAAAGCCACAAGCAAAGAUGAUGCCGGAGAUGUUGAUCAGUGGAUUGCACAAGCCAAAAAGGUCCAAGAAGAUAUUGCACGGUGUAAGGAAGAGUCGAAACGCAUAGUCGAGGAACACCAGCAUGUUCAGGCGUUACGAGACGAAGCCACCGACUAUGAGCGGAAAGUCGAGCUUCUGGAAGCAGAGAUUGGCUUUACAGAAACGCUGAGGAAAGAGCUAGACUCUGCAAAUGCUGCCACAGAAGCACUGCGGGAAGUGGAAGAUUGUUUGUUGAAAGGCGAUCCCUGUGCGGCUGCUGCGAAGAUUCAAGAGCUGGAUAAGAAGACAAAGAACACCCUGAAAUCUAGGACGUCUACGAUCCUCAGGGACUUGAGGGAUGAAUUACGGCUGAAGGCUAGGGUGCAACUGGAAACGAAGUUGAAUCUUCAGAUCUCUAUCCACAGAGAUCAAGACGAAGCUUGCAUCAGCGUUCGGCCAGAUGAACUCGAUGGCUCAGCGACCAAUUCAGGCGUUCUGCUCCGAGCUCUGGACCAGCUGGGCGACUCACAUGACUCGCUCGAGCCUUUGAAGGACAAGCUCAAAGCCUUUGUACUGCAACCGCUAAGGCAAUCGAGUCGGUUGAGAAUGACAACCUACGAGGUGGGAGACAGUAGUAUCAGAAUCCAACUCGGUAGGGAAGGAUCUUCUACAGAGACGGCAUUGGACUUCGUCCUGGCUUUUCUGAAAUUUUUGCAGUCGUCAGUUGCCAGCACGAUACGCUUAGCAGCGGCAAAGGCAAUCAUGUCUGAUUUGAUGACGCUUUUGGUUAAUGAUUGGCUCAAUCCUGGGCUGCCCACGGAUCUCACGAUGCUUGAUGGACUCGACGACCUGCAAGCACGAGUGAUAAGACUAUUGAAAGAGCUCGAGUCAUUGCAAUGGGAGGGACAGAAGCAGCUUCAAGAUUGGAUCGAGGACAUUCCACGUGCUUGGCUGAACAAGCGCAAGGCAGCCACGCUUGACGCUGUUCGCAAGGCAUUUGUGGCUUCUAAGGGGACCCUGCGGCAGGUAGAGAGGGUUGAACGACAAACCAUGCCCACGAGAACGGAAGAGCACGGCAGCGAAGCAGAGGGAGAAACAAAUGAUUGGGACGUAAAUUGGGAUGAUGACAACAAAGAGAAGCAGGCAAGUAAAGAAUUGGCAGAGGCAGAAGAAGAUGAAGACGCUAGCGGAUGGGGCUUCGAUGACGAAGACGAUACCGAGAGUAAUGCCAAAGCAAAUGAUGAGGAUAAGGAUGGUGCCUUGACAAAUCCCGACGAGGAAGAUGGUGGUGACGCAUGGGGCUGGGGUGAUGACAGUCCUCUUGAGACCAAGUCGGAGCCACCAACCAAGGACGACCACAAACAACCGAACGGCGCCAAAGACACAAAACAGGAGGAGCAGGAAGUCACCCUGACCGAACUCUACAGCAUUACCGAUAUUCCGGACCACCUGGUCCAGAUCAUAGGCAAAGACAUAUCUGACGCCCAGACUAUCCUCGAAACUGGGCACGACGGACUCAACUCGUCGUCAGCAUCGAGGGGUCUACUUGCUCUUCCCACAUUAGCUCUGGCAAUGUUCCGCGCCACGGCACCAAGUUACUACGGGUCAUCACCUUCUCUGACCGACAUCCACCGGUACAACGACUCACUGUACAUUGCCGAACGCCUGCGCGGCAUGAGCGUGGACGGUAGGAUGCCCAACGUUGACUCCGACGUCAAAGCAAUGGAGAAAUUUGCCCGGCUUGCAUAUUCAAAGGAAAUGGAAACCCAACGACUCAUUGUCUGGGAUCUCCUCGAAGGCGCACAAGGCUUCACGUCGUGCACGCAGUUCCCCUACUCGCAAGAAAUUGAAAACGCCGUGUCGGCCGUGGUCGACCGGAUUCGCGCUCUCCACAUAACCUGGAGACCAAUCCUCUCCACGUCCGCGCUGAUGCAGAGUAUCGGCUCGCUGGUGACUAUGGUCAUCGGCAAAGUCAUUGACUCGAUCGAGGAAAUGGAAGAUAUAUCGGAGCCCGAGUCACGCCGAUUGACGGCCUUUUGUCAACAGAUCGCUUCACUGGACGAUCUGUUCCUCUCGUCGCCGCCUAGCGCGGAAGAGCAGAAACACGACCCCGUCCCGAUGACAGCUGUGUACGUCACGAAUUGGCUCAAGUUUCAGUAUCUGAUCAAUAUCCUGGAGAGCUCGCUGGUGGAUAUCAAGUAUCUAUGGACCGAGGGCGAGUUGAGCUUGGAAUUUUCGGCCGAUGAGGUGGUCGAUCUGAUCAGGGCGCUGUUUGCCGAAAGUGCCCAUAGGAGGAGUGCGAUCGCCUCGAUCAAAGGGGGUAGGAGUUCAAGGUGACCGAGAUUGAAACAUGGAAACAUGGCAGUAACGGCAGUUGUUUUGUCAUUGAAUAUAAUAGGAUUCCGGCCACGCGUCCUUCGUGCCAGACCCGAUCUGCUCGCUGUACGAACCCAUAAAAUAU